AGCGCACAGCCUGCCGGGAGGGGGCAGGUAGCGGCAGGGCAGGGUCCAAUGGGUGCCGGCUCCGGAGGAAAGGGCGGAGGAGAGGAGGAAGGAGGCGGACUCUGGGCCGCGGCCCCAUUCAUUGCCGCGGCCGGCCGGGCGGGGGUCCUGUGUUUUCGGAGUUAUGGAGGCGCUAAUUCCUGUUAUCAACAAGCUCCAGGACGUCUUCAACACUGUGGGCGCUGAUAUCAUCCAGUUGCCUCAGAUCGUCGUGGUGGGAACGCAGAGCAGUGGAAAGAGCUCAGUGCUAGAAAGCCUAGUGGGGAGGGACCUGCUUCCCAGGGGCACUGGUAUUGUCACCCGGAGACCUCUCAUUCUGCAGCUAGUCCACGUUUCACCUGAAGAUCAACGAAAAACAACAGGAGAAGAAAAUGACCCUGCUACAUGGAAAAACUCAAGACACCUUUCUAAAGGGGUUGAAGCAGAAGAAUGGGGAAAAUUUCUUCACACCAAAAAUAAGCUUUACACGGAUUUUGAUGAAAUUCGACAAGAAAUUGAAAAUGAAACAGAAAGGAUUUCAGGAAAUAAUAAGGGAGUAAGCCCCGAACCAAUUCAUCUUAAGAUUUUUUCACCCAACGUUGUCAAUCUGACACUUGUGGAUUUGCCAGGAAUGACCAAGGUGCCUGUAGGCGAUCAGCCCAAGGAUAUUGAGCUUCAAAUCAGAGAGCUCAUUCUUCGGUUCAUCAGUAAUCCAAAUUCCAUUAUUCUUGCUGUCACUGCUGCUAAUACAGAUAUGGCAACAUCAGAGGCACUUAAAAUUUCGAGAGAGGUAGAUCCAGAUGGUCGUAGAACCCUAGCUGUAAUCACUAAACUUGAUCUCAUGGAUGCGGGUACUGACGCCAUGGAUGUGUUAAUGGGAAGGGUUAUACCAGUGAAACUUGGAAUAAUUGGAGUCGUUAACAGGAGUCAGCUAGAUAUUAAUAAUAAGAAGAGUGUAACUGAUUCAAUCCGUGAUGAAUAUGGUUUUCUUCAAAAGAAAUACCCAUCUCUGGCUAAUAGAAAUGGAACAAAGUAUCUUGCUAGGACUCUAAACAGAUUACUGAUGCAUCACAUCAGAGACUGCUUACCGGAGUUGAAAACCAGAAUAAAUGUUCUAGCUGCUCAAUACCAGUCUCUUCUAAAUAGCUAUGGUGAACCUGUGGAUGAUAAAAGUGCUACUUUACUCCAGCUUAUUACCAAAUUUGCCACAGAAUAUUGUAACACUAUUGAAGGCACUGCAAAAUAUAUUGAAACUUCAGAGCUAUGCGGUGGUGCUAGAAUCUGUUAUAUUUUCCAUGAGACUUUUGGGCGAACGCUAGAAUCUGUUGACCCACUAGGUGGCCUUAACACUAUUGAUAUUUUGACGGCCAUUAGAAAUGCUACUGGUCCUCGUCCAGCUCUGUUUGUCCCUGAAGUUUCAUUUGAGUUACUCGUCAAGCGGCAGAUCAAACGCCUGGAAGAGCCCAGCCUCCGUUGUGUGGAACUGGUUCAUGAGGAAAUGCAGAGGAUCAUUCAGCAUUGUAGCAAUUACAGUACACAGGAGUUGUUGCGGUUUCCUAAACUUCAUGAUGCUAUAGUUGAAGUAGUGACUUGUCUUCUUCGUAAACGGUUGCCAGUUACAAAUGAAAUGGUCCAUAACUUAGUGGCAAUUGAGUUGGCUUAUAUCAACACCAAACAUCCAGACUUUGCUGAUGCUUGUGGGCUAAUGAACAAUAAUAUAGAGGAACAAAGGAGAAACAGGCUAGCAAGAGAAUUACCUUCAGCUGUAUCACGAGACAAGUCUUCUAAAGUUCCAAGUGCUUUGGCACCUGCCUCCCAGGAGCCUUCCCCUGCUGCUUCUGCUGAGGCUGAUGGCAAGUUAAUUCAGGACAGCAGAAGAGAAACUAAAAAUGUUGCAUCUGGAGGGGGUGGGGUUGGAGAUGCUGUUCAAGAACCAACAACAGGCAACUGGCGAGGAAUGCUGAAAACUUCCAAAGCUGAGGAGUUACUAGCUGAGGAAAAAUCAAAGCCAAUUCCAGUGAUGCCAGCCAGCCCACAGAAAGGCCAUGCUGUGAACCUGCUGGAUGUGCCGGUUCCUGUUGCACGAAAAUUAUCUGCCCGUGAACAGCGAGAUUGUGAGGUUAUUGAACGACUCAUCAAAUCAUACUUUCUUAUUGUCAGAAAGAAUAUUCAAGACAGUGUGCCAAAGGCAGUAAUGCAUUUUUUGGUUAAUCAUGUGAAAGAUACUCUUCAGAGUGAGUUAGUAGGACAGCUGUAUAAAUCAUCUUUGUUAGAUGAUCUUCUGACUGAAUCUGAGGACAUGGCACAGCGUAGAAAAGAAGCAGCUGAUAUGCUAAAGGCAUUACAAGGAGCAGGUCAAAUUAUUGCUGAAAUCCGAGAGACUCAUCUUUGGUGAAGAGAACUAUGUAAUACUGAGACUUUGAUGACUCAACUUGCUAGUUACUGCCUACUUGAGUAGCUUUUUAUUUAUGAACUGCAGGGUAUUACAAUGGUAUGAAUAUGCUCAUGUGAAGACUGGCUAUAAACUGAAAAUUGUACUCUGAUUACAGAACAAAUCACACAUUUAAUCCAAAUAAAUGGAUGUUUCUAAAGUUUCCCAGUAUAUAUAAAAUACAUCAAGUCUGUCUUGUGACAGUUUCAUUUGAGCUUAAAAGGAAAUGUUAGUGUUUUAGUUGUAAAGCAGUUUGCCUGUGGAUAAGAUGACCUGUGUGAUCUGUUAGUAGUCUUACAGCUGCCGCCAUAGUCCUUCAAGAAGACCGCACCGAGACAGCAUUUCAUACGACUGAUGCAUGCACUGUAUGAACUCCUGUGGGCUGACAUGUUUUUCACAUAGUCACUGCAUUCCACCUGUCCUUCCACUUAGCUUUAUGGAGCUUCUCUGCAACCUCUGAUGAUAGUAAGAAAGUUGGAUGCACAAGAGGAUCUGUGACAAUGAUAGAUGCGGUGUACAUAACGUGUGGCUACACAGCCCUUCCCCUUCUGGGUCCACGUGGCUCUAGUGCACUGAAAAUAUCUUUGAUUCUUACCUGGAAGCAUGAAUUACAUUUUCCUGUAUUAGAAACAACCAUCUAAGACUUAGUAAUGACCAGUUCCUUUUAGUUUUUAGAGGUUCCAAUAAAUGCCCCUUGGUUUCCAAAUGUAAUAGUAGUAAUUCAUAUACAUCUUCAAAUUGGGCCACUUACACCAUACUCCAGGAUUCACUUGGAGGUGGGACUUAAAACCAAAUACUGCGCUGAUCACAGAAGCGUAUCUUUUCUCUAUGAGUAUUAGUUGACAAUAGUUACUUUUGCUUCAUACCAGCAAAAUGCAUUAGAAUAGAGAUAUGAAAAUGCUGGUGGAGCCUUAUUAUUUAAAAAAAAAAAACACCUGGACACACACACCUAAUAGCUUAUAGACUACUGAACUGCAUUCAGGGCUUGGGGGUGAGGUUUAGAACAUACAUACAUUUUAUUAAAAUCCCCCAGGUGAAAGGGUCAAAAUCCUUAAGGCAUCUGGCUCUAUCUCUAACAGAUAAAUAAAUUAUGUAAUAUAUUACAGAUAUUGAAAUUUUUUUAAAAUUGUGACAUUUAUUGAAGCACUAUUGGCAAUAUGAAUGUAUCUGUUAAUUUUAGCUUAUGGUACCCAUUUAUUAAGAAACAACAAGCUUAGCAACUAAUCCCAUAUAGAAAAAAAACAGAUUCUGUCUCAUGAUAUGGAACUACUUUCAAUUGGUUCGUAGGGCCAUCCUUGAUAGAAUACAUACUA